AUGGCUCUGGACGCGAGGUCCCUUCCGGUAGUGUCCGGCCCCGCCCUCGAAGUCUGCUCGGGGAUGCCGAGAACCUGGAACGGUGGCGGCGUUUCGUCCGCGACGGCCGGCGCGGCGGAGGUGUCCGUCGUCGUGGACGUGCCGGCGCUGUGGAGCGACGAGGGAAGGAUGAAGCGGGAGCUGGUCCCGUGGGCCAAGGCCGUGUCGUCCAUGGCCAUCAGGAAAACGAUGAUGCAGUGCUGA